AUGGCAUUGACGACAGACCUCUCCUCGCAUCUCGCCUUGGUGACCGGAGCAACAGGCGGAAUAGGCAAAGCGACAUGCCUCGCCCUGGCCCACCUCAACUGCUCCAUCGCCGUGCACUAUCAUAGUGCCUCGGACACGGCAGAAACCCUCGUCGCACAGCUCAAAUCGAUGAACGUGCGCGCCUCUGCCUUUCGCGCGGAUCUAUCUUCCUACGACGAGACGCGCUCUCUCCACACCGACGUCGUGCGAGAAAUGGGUCAUCCAACCAUCCUCUUCAACAACGCCGGGCUGACCAUGGGGGUAUCCCGAGUCAAGGAUAUCAGCGAGGUGUCCGUGGAGGACUUUGAGAAAACGUGGAGAGCAAACUGUGGCACAGCAUUCUUGCUCACCCAGUUGUGUAUCCCCAAGAUGGUUGAUGCCGGUUGGGGCAGGAUCAUCUUCUGUUCCAGUGUCGCGGGCUUCACCGGUGGUGUGGUGGGACCCCAUUAUGCAUCCUCUAAAUCGGCACUCCAUGGGUUGGUGCAUUGGCUAGCUGGCGCUUAUGCAAAGACCGGCAUAACCAUCAACGGUGUUGCACCAGCAUUGAUCGAAGAGACCAAGAUGCUGCCUGGAGGGUCGGCAGAGUUGUCUGCUAAAAUUCCCAUUGGGAGACUGGGAAAGCCUGAAGAAAUCGCAGAGACAGUGCUGUGGAUUGUCAAGACUGGUUAUGUCCACAACAAAAUCAUCGCCGUCGAUGGAGGCAUGUUCAUCCAGUAA